CAAUGCAUCCACAGCCCAAAGAGCAUCUUGGCAGGCAGCAACUUGUCUUCAGCGCACACCAAAGAGCCACUCCAGACACUCCCGAAACGAUGGCCAACUCCAGCAAAUUGCAAACGCUAGUCUCGGUCCUGCUGCUGCUGCUCGUCUCGCUCUGCAGCUGGAGCCCAGCAAACGCGGUGCCCAGCAAACGAUCCAGCAGGCUGUGCGGCGACAAGCUGUCCGAGGCCCUGGACAUGAUGUGCCCCAAUGGGUUCAAUGCACGCAUUCCCCACAAGCGUGGCUUACUGGACCUGUUCGAUUACGUGGACCACAUGGCUGAGCCCGGACUGGAUGAUGAUGAUGCGGCGGCGUCUGUGGGUGCGCUCCUGCCCGAGGGCGUUCGCCUGCCCUGGCGGCACAGCUCCCUAAUGACCACCAGGCGCCAAAUGCGCGGCAUAGUGAACGAGUGCUGUGCCAAGCCGUGCAACUACAACGAGAUUCAGGCCUACUGCAAGUGAAGGCGCCCCUGAGCAGCGAUACAACCACCCCCCCGACCCAGCCCCACCCAAAACUAGAAGCUAAACAAAUUGUUACGAUAUUUGAUAUACGUGUAGAUAGAGGAGCGACUCGAAUGAAUAUAUUAUGAUGCUCUCAAGAGCUGU